GGCCGUGGGAAUGGACACAUCUGCCCACGUGCUGAAAGCCAGCGGGCCUUGACAACGAACAAGACCACCACCACAACCGCAACCGUGGCUCUCAGUCUCAUCCUUUACUGCCCAACUACACUUCUCCAACCGCAACCAGUUUACAACCAUGACGUCCGCCAGUGAAGGGCACUUUGAUGCUUAUGAGGCACUGGAUCUUACAGAAUUUGGCAAAAACCAGCCUUGGUGGCGCAAGCUUUUCGGGCAUGAGAGUCGGUCUUCAGGUGAGAAAUACAGCGUGGCGACCCAGCUCCUCAUUGGAGGCGUCACUGGCUGGUGCACUGGCUUCAUAUUCCAGAAAGUUGGAAAGCUGGCUGCCACAGCAGUGGGAGGGGGCUUUUUUCUCCUCCAGCUUGCAAACCAUACUGGCUAUGUCAAAGUUGACUGGACUCGAGUAGAGAAGGACAUGAAAAAAGCCAAGGAGCAGCUGACGAUUCGGAAGAGCGCCCAAAUACCAACUGAAGUCAAGAGCAAAGCCGAGGAGGUGGUGUGCUUUGUAAAGAAGAAUGUUUUAGUUACUGGAGGAUUUUUUGGAGGCUUUCUGCUCGGUAUGGCAUCCUAAUGGGUAUCGCUUCACUUCCACAGUUCACCAGCCUCAACACUCCAUCCUAGGAAAAUCCAGACUCUUCCUCCUCUUCAGGCCCUCCUCUCUAUUGUAAAUCUGAACCGCAUCCAUAGGCAUCUUGCCCAUGCAAUUUUACACAGGCUUUUGUGGGCUUGACAAGCAAAGGGGGAAGUAUGCUCUCCAUCUGGAGGCCAACAAGAACGGUCCUUUUGCUGUGUGUACAAUCUGCCCUAAAACAUCUUUAAGACCUGUCCCUAGCAGUUGAGCUGGAAGAGCGACGCACAAUUACCUUACUAUGCUCUUCAUGGAAAGGAACUGAAUAUAUUUGACUUUGAGCACGGGAAGAAAGAAAACACAGCAGGGACAGUUGUGGGAGUACCAUGUACUAGCCAGCUACUUUAGGGGAACAGUCUCCUUACAGAAUUUUACAAGUAAAUUGAUUAAUGCUUUCUUUUCCUCUUGCCAGUUACCCCAAUAAACUAUAAUUAUAAUAGUUAUCUUACUUAAUGACUCAGAAGUGUGACACUUCAAAAAGGGCCAUAACUUAAAUACUAGGAUCUAUUUUUUGGGUCCUUUUUUGGAAGGGGGUGGUUGGGGUGCCCCUAGGGCCUUGCUCAUACUAGGCAAGGGCUAUUCCUGAGCUAUAGUCUCAACCUUUUGGGUACUUUUUAUUUUGAGAGAAGAUCUUACUAAAUUUCUCUAGCUGGCCUAGUACUUGGCAUCCUCAUUUAUCAGCUUCCUGAAGAGGUGGGAUUACAGGCCCAAGCCACCAGGAACAGCUGCCCCAGGACCUUAAGAAAGAACUGAAGAACACACCUCUUGAGUCUACUUUGCCCCUUCUCAAUCUUCUCAUUUGCCUUUUCCUCCAGGAAUAGGUUACAAGGACCUAUCUAAUUGUGUUUCGUGCAUCAGGGCCUCGUCUUCUUCAAUCAAAUAUCAGCUGUGUGAAAUUCUCAUCUAGACGCUUCAGUGGAGAAGAAUCUGCUUUGGGGUCUUAGGUUUGGGGUACAAUUUGUAUACUUGCAACUUUAGGAUUUAUUCACAUUUUGUCCUUUGUCAGCAGAGGACACACUCAGCUCUGGGAGGCUAUCCACAGUUCUUCAUCUCACACUGACUUUGCUCUCUCCAUACAACUCAAAACCGGCAGACUUCUCCAUACGGGGGGAGAGUACACCCUGGGAGUCUAACACCUCUGCAGAAAGGGCGAGUGUGUGAGUGCAAUUGAUGUUUCCAUUUUCUGUUGACUAGAAAGAAAAAUCAUGGGUCCAGCCCAAACUCGACACUGUGAGUGCCAGAAAACAAUGACCUUAAAGACCAACCUUGGAAACUGUAUGCUACAUGGGAAGAAGAAACUAACUGUACUUUUCAGCUUUUGAGUAUAGGUUUAAACCUUUAAUACCCGGAUAAAAUCUUCAUAUUUCCACCAGAGGGGAAUAGAGAACCCAUACAAAUUCAAAAUAACAACAAACCAUACCAAAACAACAGACUCCAUAGACCUGAGGAACCACUUGUUUAUAAGCCAACUGGCUCUUUACAGUGUGUUUAAAUCAUGUUUCUAUUCUUCCAUUCACUUACACCUCCUUUGCACAGUAAAUUCGCCAUUAGUACUUUGUGUUUCAUUUAUUAAACAAAGGUAAAUGAAAA